ACUUGGGGUGCGGUGGGGGAGCUGGUAAUAAUGAAGUUGAUGGGAGGCUUUCGAAAGCGUAAUGUAGUGCGGAUGGCGGGGGAGGGAAGGAGGGGAGUGUGAUACACCCACGGAGCUGCAGCUUUCAAGCUCGAGAAUAGCAGGAUCCGACGUGGGACCAAGGCAAACAACAAGCUAACGCUGCCUCUACUCGAAUCGCCCCGCGGAAGGAAGGUCGCCCGGGGACCAGGAUGUGGAAUUGUAGUUUUCACGACCUCUGACCGGCGUUACAUCCGAGUGAUGGGAUGGGACGGCUGGACUGACGACGCUGCCUCUUGUUCUGGUCCUUUCCGGUUGUGCUGCAGGAGUCAUGCCAUGGCAUCACACCACCCACUCCUUUCACGCCAACCCACCGAGCACCCCGAGAAGCACCACUGAGGGCCAUACCCUGUCGCUUUUCUCCCGCGAGUCACCCAUUUUCUGUGAGGAGCCAACAACCAUUCCUUUCGCGUUCUGUUUCGUGUAGUUCACGGGCCAUCAGUAAUAUACACGACCUGUGGUUGUAGGUUGACGACAUCAUAGUACCUCCGCCCCUGCCCUUGUUAUGAGGCCACGUUGUGGUUUUCGCAUCCGUUUAGUACCGGUGAUUUUCGCAGUUUUCUAGGCAGUGCGCUGAUUUGUAACAAGGGCAUUUCAGUUGUUGAAACCCCCUUCCCCAAACAGUGGGACGGUGAUGCCAUACACAUCUAUGGAAAUGCGAGGCUAUUAUUGCAGGAGAGAUCAAUUUGGCAAUUGUGUGCAGUGGUAGAGAGGUUCCUUCAGGUGUUCCAGUGGAGUUGGCUUUUCCCUCUUCGACGCUCUCCCUGUUACGUUCUAGAUACAUAUGGAGGCGCUGGAGAUGCCAAAAGAAAGGCGGAUGAAGCCAAGUGGUACAAGGUGCAAACCUUCAAUGGUAGAUCCUGCUGCUAGUCAUCAACAUGUAAGGCUACGCAUCAACCUCCCUAUCUCGCCUGCAAGAUGUUUUCCUGGCUCUAAGAAACGAGCAAAGUCCACUGGUACAUCUGUCAAUACACACCAUGAAUCAGCCAUUUCGGAUCUUAGUGACCACAAGUCUGGUGAUACCGAGUCUACUUCACCUGCUCCUGAACACCAAGACUUCUCAAAUACAUCUUUGAAAGAACUUCGGAGACGAUAUGAGUCCAAGUUUGGCACAGUUGCUUUGUCCAACAACAGCGACUACCUCAAAAGGAAGUUGUCUGGUCAAUGUGGUCCAUCCCGCUUACGGAGAACAAACCUGGAUCAUGAUGUGACAAUUGACAAGUCUCCGAGGAGAUCUCCCAAAAGAUCCCCAUCGUCCAGGAGACGAAAGGUGGAGAACGUUUUAGAACCAGUUGCUCGAAGAGUGGAAGCUGAGGGAGCGGUAGAAUCAGAACUCGAGGUUGCCGAUGCCGGAGAUGAUGAUUCAGAACCAGAUUAUGAUAUGCAAGCUGGGGAUGCCUUCACUCCUUUGAAAAAACAACGAAGUGGUCGGAAAUAUGGAGGCGCUACUCAAUGGACUAAUCAAGCUGAAGAGAUCCGGCGAAUCGUCCGAAAGAAGCGGCGCAAUAGAGCGUUUCCUCCACAGACACUUGUUUGGGCUAAACUUGAGGACCGUCCAUGGUGGCCUGCAAGAGUGGUUAACCUUGAGGAGCUGCCAGAAUCUGUGCUAGAUGUGGUGAUUUGUAGGAAGAAACUUGUGGGAUUGACAUGCGUGGAACUUUUUUGUUUACCGACGACUGAUAAGAAGCGAUUUGCAUGGUUAGAAAGGGAGAACUUGACCUCGUACAAGAAGUUCCAGAAGGAUUUCAAUGAGCAGAAGUUCCCUGAGCGGUUUGAAGACAGAAAUUUUCAGUUGGCACUGAAAGAAAUCUUCGAGGAAUCAAAACGCAGACGAACUGCAGACAUCACAGCAGUAGAAACGAACUUCUUUAGCGACGAGAGUGAUUCAUCCAUGGAGCUGCGUUCAUCCAACACUUCUUCAAGUGAUAAGGGUGGGUCGGAAGCUUUUGUACCCCUGGGUACAGAGAAGAUUGAUAGAGAGGGGAAGCACUUAAAAUACAAGGCGGAGAUUGAUCAAGGGAAAUUGAAGCAGAUAGGAAUAAAUAAAGCGCAGAUAAUGAAGGCGGAAGACUUGAAGCCAGCAAGAACUGUUUGGCCAAUCAAAGGGGACGAAGAUCAAAUACUCUGGAACUUAAAGAAGUCGAAAGGCAAUGGUGGCGACAUGAAUCAUAAGAGGAAGAGAUUUCUCAUGGAUAAGCAUCUGAAAGAAGAUUCACAGUGUUCCUCCGACGAGGCUGAGGAUGUAAUGAUGUCUGAUUCUCUACCGAAUAAAGCAGUUAGUGGCUCCAAGUUCAAUCGGCAAAGCUAUGGGAAGAAGCUGAGUAGAAGUCUCUCACUUGCUGGGGACUUGGUCAAAGUCGACAAGGAUGGGUCUCGGAAACCCAAGAGGACUGGUGAAGACGGGUAUUACUAUGACUGUGAGGUUUGCGGCAUAGGUGGUGAAUUGCUGUGCUGCGAUCUUUGCCCUCGUGCUUAUCAUCUGGAGUGUUUGAUGCCUCCUCUUAAGCGCACUCCUCCAGGCAAGUGGGUAUGUCCAACAUGCCGCGACCGAUCAGGGGUUAUGAGAUCAGUUGGCAGUUCCUUGGCUGACGUAAGGCAGCAAGCUAAAGUCAAUUGUGUUAAGGAUCCUUCAGCAAAUGCUGACUACAAGGUAUGGCGAAAAGAGAAGCCCGUGGUGCCCCCGGUCAUGUCACCAAACAGUCUUUCCAAGAGAACGAGAGAGGAUUCGGAUGCAAGGAGGCGGAGGAAGCGUGCGAAAUCUAGGGGAGGAGAAGAUGGUCAGAGGAGGCUCAACUGUGGCUAUUGUGGGGUCGAGACUUCUGUGUUACGAAGUUCUGGUUUAUGUGACAAGUGCCACUCUGAAAUCAGGGUGGGUAUUGUUAAUGAGAGUCCUUCGAAUAUCGCCCCUGUGGAAUGCGUGGAAACAAGGCUAAAAGAAAAGGAUAACCAAAAGACCCCCAAAACCCCAUGGUUUUGCUCUAAUUGCAUUUCAGAAGGCGAUCAUAAGCUUGGGGAUGAGCAAACUUUUGAUGCUUUAUCUGCCGAGGUACAUUGUGUUCUUGGUUGUCGGUUUACAACCGGUCAGGGUUCGCCUUUACCCAGAUGUAUUACUGAGAUGAAGAAAGAUAGGCAACUGAAAGUUGACACUCAGGAGGUUGAAGAGGAGAAUGCCAAUGGCUCCGUGUCAAGCAUACUUGAAAGACCUAGCGAUGGUGCAGUGAUAGAAUGGAAGGUUGUGAAAAGAAAGCAGGCAUCCGAUGUGGAUCCAAUUGGUGCAGCUCAGGUGGCUGUGCCGAUGGACAUAGAUUCUCUGUCAGGUAUUUCUGCUGGAGCUGGUACAGUGGUAAAUAUGCAACGCAAAUCAGCCGACUCGAAAGAAGAGGAACUGAACGCUAAUAUAUUUGUGUCAGAGAGUGAAAGUAUUCCAGAGAGAACAUCUGCACGGGCUAUCACUGAAGAUAGAUUAUCCUCUAAAUUGUCAAGUAACGGUGCAAUUCAAGCCGUCGAGGGUCCUUCCUUUGUGAUUGAGAUUGGCGGCCAUGAUAUGAAUUUGAAUAUCCAGUUGCCGCUUGACAAUGUUGCAAAGACUGAUGGAAAUGUCACAAGCAAGGACAUUACAUGUAGAAAGCUGUCGAAUUUCGUAUUAGGGCAAGACGAAGAAGUAACAACCAAGAUCAAAAAAAUUGAGAGUGGGAAAGACAUAGCUGGAGAUGUCGUUGUGGAGAAGAAAGGAAACACAGGACCUUUGUGUGACAGCAACACUUCUGGCACUGCUGAACAAAGGGGUCAAUCUUCACGAGUGGAGUUUCUUGUGAAGUGGCGAGGUAGGUCCCACAUACAUAACGAAUGGGUUAGUGAGAAGAGGCUGCAAAUCAUUGCAAAACGAAAACUGGAAAGGUUUACGACAAAAAAUGGGAGAGCUCCCCAAAUCAUUCUGGAUGAACAAUGCUUAAAGCCGCAGCGAGUAUUAGCACGCAAAUCAGGCAAGAAUGGCUGUUCUGAAGUAUUAGUGAAGUGGCACAGCGUGCCGUACGAUGAGUGCACUUGGGAAAAAGAAAAACAUCCUGUUAUUGCUGAGAAAAUUGAGCUACUUAAAGUUUAUGAGCAUUUUGAAGCAGCAGCAGUCGCAAAAAAGACCAAUGUGGUGGCAAAUGAUAGCCGUCCUUCAGAAAUUAAAGAACUUACCGAACAGCCAGAGUGGUUUAAAAAGGGAGGUGUGCUGUACCCUCACCAGCUGGAAGGUUUGAACUGGUUGAGGAAAAGCUGGUACCAGCGCAAAAAUGUGAUACUGACAGAUGAGAUGGGCUUGGGCAGGACCAGAUCGGCAUGCGCAUUUCUAUCUUCCCUCCACCGUGAGUUUCAUGUAAACGGUCCUUGUCUGGUUCUUGUGUCUCUUUCCACUAUGCCGAAUUGGUUGGCAGAAUUUUCUAUAUGGGCUCCUUUCUUAAAUGUCAUCGAAUAUCAUGGUUCCGCGGAGGCAAGGGCUGUGAUCCGGGAGUAUGAGUGGUAUGCCACGCAUACUGGAAAAUCAGGUGAUGAGGGAAAACAUCCAGAUUUCCAAGCAUUCAAAUUUAAUGUCAUGCUUACACCGUAUGAGAUAAUGAUUGCUGAUUCAAGUCAGCUUCGUUCGGUUCCUUGGGAAGUCCUGAUAGUUGACGAAGUUUCCAUACUGAAAAAAUUUGAAAGCAAGCUCUCUACACUCAACACAUUUAAAAUUGGCCACCGAAUCCUCUUGAGGGGCACGCCUCUUCAGAAUGAUCUGGAUGAGUUGUUCAGCCUUCUCAAUUUUCUUCAAUCCGAAAUAUCUCUUACUCGGGGUUCAUUUGAGCAGAAAUUCGGCCAUUUGAGCACGUCUGAGCAAGUGGAUAAGCUCAAGAAACUCGUUGUGCCUCACAUGUGUGAGUUAAAUGAAAACGACAUGCAAGAUAAACUCCCCCAAGCCGAGCGGGUUGUUGCUGUUGAGAUGACGCCUGCGCAAGCAGAGUAUUACCGUACUCUUUUAACCAAAAACUAUCGGCUGCUAAGGCAAGCAGGUGGUGGCAGGCCAAGCGACCAGAAUCAGACUUUGCUGAAUAUUAUGAUGCAACUUCAGAAAGUUUGCAACCAUCCAUACCUUCUUUCAGAAAUGGAGCCAAAAGCAGGAGAUGCCAAGCUUUUGCAUGAGAUGCGCAUUAAGACAUCUGCAAAGUUGACACUUUUGCACUCCAUGUUGCAUCAUUUGAAGAAAGGAGGUCACCGUGUUCUGAUUUUCUCGCAGGUGACAAAGCUUUUGGAUAUUCUGGAAGAUUAUUUGUCAUUUGAGUACGGUCAUCAAAGCUUCGAGCGAGUAGAUGAGUCAGCUCCAAUGACUGAGCUGCAGAAAGCUAUCUUUCGGUUUAACCAGGAUCAGUCCCAGUUUGUGUUUCUCUUGUCCACACGCUCAUGUGGAUUUGGCAUUAAUAUGGCCACAAUAGACACGGUCAUAAUUUAUGAUUCAGACUUCAACCCUCAUGCAGACAUCCAAGCCAUGAACUGUGCGUGCCGGAUUGGACAAUCCAAGACUCUACAGAUUUACCGUCUGGUCGUUCGUGCAAGUGUGGAGGAACGGAUUCUUCAUCUUGGAAGGAAACAGUUGACGCUAGAGUAUCUGCGUGCAAGUACAUCUGGCUCUCAGAAGGAAGUUGAAGAUAUUAUCCGAUGGGGUAUUGAGGAGCUUUUCGCAGAAGAUAAGUCUGAAGAGUCUUUUGCUGUGUUUAAUGGGGAGAAUAGUGCUCGUGAUGAAGUUGGAAUGAAGCGAUCAGGUGAGAAAUGUGAGAAUUCAAGUGUCCUGGAUUUAGGGAGUGAAGGCAAGUCUAAAGAAGGAAUCGUUGUUCGAGAUAAAUUUCAAAAGAAAGUAAACGUUGACAAGGUGGUCUGGGAUGACUUCGCAGUCUCCCGAUUGCUAGGCAGGUCAGAGCCAGCAACUGCCAACGUAAAAGUGGCUGAAAGAGACCAAGACGGUGACUGGUUGGGUUCUAUCAAGACCUGGACCUGGAACGUAGUGGAUGGCGUGGUGCAAGUGGCCUGUGGGGAAAAUGCUGCAAAGGAUAUUGAAAUUGCUGAAAAGCCCAUUGUUUCUGCUGUUGGGGAGCAGAACAAGUGGGAGAAAUUUUUGCGAGCAAGAUGGGAGAGGUUACAAAUAAAAGAAGGUACACAAGGCCGUGGAAAGCGGGCACGGAAAGAUGUUUUCCACAAUGAGUCUAUGGUUUUGAAAUCGGUGCAGGAUUCUUCUGAUAAUUCGGAGGCAGAGUUGGAUGGAGAUCAUUUAUCUGAGUCUGUGUCUAAGUAUGGUCCUCUCUUCGAGCAGCUGCGUGGAAAGUUUCGAGCCAAUGAUCAAGUUUCAAACUUAGGGGAUGACUUUCAGCUAAACCCUGCAAAUGAUGGGAAACCUCUCAAUACAACUUUUAAGGCUCCAGCUUCUGCAUCUCCCAAUCCACUUGCAUCAUCAUUCUUUGAAGUUGCUACUCAUGAUGAUCAUCCGGAAAAAUGGAAAUCCAACUGUCAUGAUGACCUCUUGGACGGCUCGGCGAAAUCCAGCGCCGCUCAAGUUCCUGUCACUAUUGAUCUUGAAGACAAAUCAAGAACGAUGCCUUCCAUUUAUAUCAUCAAUGUAGAGCAGUCAAGAAAUGGUAAUGUGUCUUAUCCACAUAGGGUUUAUACUGUUCCAGGAACACCAGUGGGGCCAGCAGGGGAGCAAUUACCUUCCACUUCGAAGUAUCUUGUUCCUUUUUCACUGCUUUCCAAAGAACAGAUUGACCCUGAUUUGAGUAUACUAAGAAAACGAUUAGGCCGAUGUUCGCAAAGCAGCUCGAGUUCUCAAGCCAUUCGACCGCUGUUAUCACCAGCAAUUACAGGAACUUGCGGCCAACAUGGAAUAGGCGGGCACACAACCAUUAGAUCUGUUUUGUUUGACGGAGUAGCUGGAUCAAGGGCUCCUCGAGCAGGUAGUGAAAAGCGUGUCUCUGAUAAUCCUGGAAAUAGAAAGCCUGAUGGUGAAGUGCCACCACUCCAACCAGAUCCCUUCCAACGGCCUCAUAUUAGAGAGGAUCAAAAUUCUGUUAUGCUGUCGACUUCUGAGCUUCCUGACGUCCCUCACGCAAGUUCCAUAAAGGACGCUCGGGCUGCAACGCGGUCGAUGAAUACGCCUGAAUUACUCAGACGCAUUCCCAAUAAGAAAGGUGGGAACAUAUUACCUCCUGCGUCCACUGAUGGAAGAAGUUCCUCUCAAUUAUUAUCAAAUGGUACCUUACCUAAUGUUCUGAGAUCAAAGCAAUCGAGCCAGGGAUCGCCAAAUCUCUCUAUGUCUCUUGGUUUGGGGGGCUUAAACCUAACUAUCCAUGACCAGGCUUUACUUGUAAGGGCACGAGCUAACCACGAUUCCCGAAAUUUCGCUCGGUUACACAACAAAAUGGUUACUUCAUUAGGGGGUCCCAGUUUUUCAGGUGGUUUUGGAGAUGUCACUGGAGUUCACAUGGGGGAGACCUCAUUGGCUUCUGAUACUGUUGGUCAUCAUGAGGGAAGAUCCUUAGGUGGGGCUUUAAGUUUCCCAAGUUGCUCGCAAGAUAUUGUCGGCUUGCAUAGUGUGCACAAGCAUGAAAUGGGAAAGGAGAGUCUACCUUUCGGAGAAAAUGAUGCCAGGUUGAAGCAUGGUUCACAAGUUGAACCUUGGACUGAAGACGAGCUUGAUUCUCUGUGGACAGGUGUACGUCGUAUAGGCUGUGGCAACUGGGCAGCGAUGCUACUGGAUCAACGUCUGGUUUUCCACAAAAGCCGUACUUCCCACGAUCUAGCAGAGCGUUGGAGAGAAGAACAAUUAAAGUUGUUUGGAGCUCCACUCGCUGAGAUUGAAAACAAGCCCGUAAAACAGGGUUACAGUCCUUUGUCUGGUAGAGAAGAUGGAAUUGGUCAGAGAUACCGAGAUCACGCUUCGGCUAGUAAGGAAGGUGCAGUGAAGGAAACGAAAGAAUGUGCAGAGAGUUUAUUUUCUAAGGAAACCACAGACUUGAGCGGUACUCUGACGGUCAUUAAUCCCGGCUUAGGAGCUACCUUGGGGGAGUUCGACAGGAAGCAAGUAGUGAAGGGUCUGCGGGCAGUAGGUUUGUCGCAUUGUAGGUCAUCUAACAUGACGAGCAAUCCAGCUAUUGAUAGUGUGGAGUAUCCCAAGGUCCACGAGCCAUCCUCUUCUCUGGAACUAAUCAAUUCUGUAAGAUCCCAGGGUAGUUCUGCUCGCGAGGGCUGCAGUGCGACCAGAUCUGAGUUGGCUAUGGAGAGUCAUACCAACGAAUCUGAGAAGUGGGAAGGAACUACUAGUCGAAGACGUACUGAUAUCGCAAAAGAAUUGUUGCGGCAGUCGCAGCCGCAGAAGACGAAUUUGCCUGCCUCUUUUCUGUUAAAUCUCUCAUUCAAUCAAUCAACUGAUGCUCUGGAAAAGCAUUCGCAGGAGUUGUGGGACCAACAUACUCUGCCAUUGCUUCCACAGGUGUCAGCAUCUGGCUUGGGGUUAUUGGCGCAGAGCCCUAGUGGAGCGUUCCCUCAAAAUGCUUCGUUUAGCCUGCAGAUGCAGCAACCCAAUUUUUCACCCAGGGGAUUUCAUGAUUCAAGGGCUUCUCUAUCAUCUACUUUUGCGGAGCUAGAUAAAAGGAGGUUGAAAAUAGGACUUGGACCAUCCAAAAAUUCAGGCGCUAUACGUUCAAAUGAGGCCAACCAAAGCAUGCCUCAUGGGUUGCGUGAGGCUUUUAAACCUGAUCAACCCCCUCCAAAAGCUGCAAUAGAUUCUCCCAUGAUCACCGCUGUUGCCCAGGCCACCUCGUUCUUGUACAAAGAUUGUAUUCCCUUUCUGCCGCCUGUUGUGCACCCUGGCCCCCUGCCCACACCUCCAAAAAGAGCGGAAAGGAACAGAAAAAGAUCUGCUGCUGCGGAGGCUGAAAGUGGGCGUGGCACCGAAGCGCUUGCUGGAAGAAACGAGCUAAAUUUUUUGAUGUCUGGUGUUGAUGCCACAAACCCCUCCCUUUCUUCAUCCUUGCAACACUUUGCAUCUAGUUUGAAUGCGGGAUACAAUCCUGGAGGUCAAAUCGCUAGUGUUCCUUCUAUCUCAUCAUUCUCAAAACGCCAUGUUGAUUUCUCCGCUUUGCCCUCUUUAAACUCACCUGCCCAGCUUUCUUUCUCUAGAUCCUCGCCUGCCUUGGAAGAGUGGAUGUCUCUGCGCAAUCCAUCCUCAUUGCCUCCAUUAGCCCCGACUUUGAAUGAGUCUGUUACGGGUGGAUCGGUGCGGAACUUUCAUGCACAUAGCAAUGCCCAGGUUCUGGACUUCAAAUCCAUUGGAACCAACAUCGUCUUCUCAGCCAAGGAUGCUAAAGACGGUCGCCCUCAAAAUUCUAACUCAUUCUCUGUUAACAAGCACUUGCCGUUACUCAGAAAAGGUGACAGUGGAUCCAAAGAAGCUGCCCAUUUUAGAUGUAGAAAAGAAGCACUUACGGGGAGGCGCAAGGCAUGCGGUUUGCGGCUUGCAGUAAACAAGAUGCUCACCCACGAAGGGUCAUCUGACUCCCCCCACAAGCAUCAACAAGAUGGCAGUCUGGGAUUGCGGUUGCCCUGUUGGAUGAUAGCUGCUGACGUCAGUGCCAAGAGUCGGCAAAAUGCAUCUUCUAAAGCAUCUUCAAAGCACAUAAAUGGCGACUCCUCUAGUGAGACAGAAUCGGAUCCCCGAAUCCGUGGUGCAGGGAUGGCAGGGGACGACGACGUAUCAUCAAACGAAACAGUGUCGGAUGAUCGGACGCAGUAGAAGGUAGGCAAGAUUUAAAUUUUGACUGAGAAUUUAGGACCUUGUGUUUUAGGCAUGUCACAAGUGAACACUCUUUUAAGAACUUCAAGGACAACCUUCAUUCCAGUGCAUAUGCCUCACCUAUUACUGUCACCUCUGAUUUGACUGAUCUCCAAUGUGUGCUUGCUUCAGAGAGUAAUAGGUAGUAAGUAGAUCACCUUUCUCUUAACCUGGGAGAUGACAGGAAGUAUUUGUUCAUGUAAUUUGAUAGUCGUUAAUUGUAGUCCUAGCUCUUUCAAGUCUUUGAGAAUGAGCUUGUACAUAUAUGUUAAAAUUGUGCACAAAGACGAAGCUACUAUGUGCUGCUUGAAACUUUUCAGCAAGUUCGUCGAAGUUUGACGAACAAUUUGUAGAAAGGGUAGUUUAGGAGAUGACUUUACUGAAGUGUAAGGGGAUAACUUUAGAACAAUGGUUAUCUAGUAUGUGCAUCAGCAACCCUGAAA